UGCCGCUUUCCCUGCCGCCGCUGCCGCCGCCGCGGUCCUGCUAGCUGCGCGGGCCGGUCGGACCGCCAAGGCAGCUGGAGCUUGGCGAUGGGAAGCGGCGCGGCCGCGUACCCAGGCAGUGGCAAAGUUUCCCAGACGUGUGCAUCGGGUCGCGCGGCUGCCGGCCACCCGUGACCGUUCUAGAAAGGCUCAGGGAUUUUUAAUUUGGAAAAAAAAUUCUGUCUCAUUUCCUUUGUCAGCUCUCUCCUGGUAGCCAGCGGCGCGAGCUGCAAACUUGGGCACCGCGGCUCCACAGCCAUCGGACCCGGUUUUGGAGAACCUCGCGACUCAAGUGCAGCCCCAAGCGUGCUAGGGGGUGUGAUCGCUGGGCAGUCCCGGGCGCGCAUCAAGGAGGGGCCCCCGGGAGCUCUAUAUGGAGGUGGGAGUCCAGAAUGGUGUGCACCAGGAAGACCAAAACUUUGGUGUCCACUUGCGUGAUCCUGAGCGGCAUGACCAACAUCAUAUGCCUGCUGUACGUGGGCUGGGUCACCAACUACAUCGCCAGCGUGUAUGUGCGCGGGCAGGAGCCGGCGCCUGACAAGAAGCUGGAGGAAGACAAAGGGGAUACUCUGAAGAUUAUUGAGCGGCUGGACCACCUGGAGAAUGUCAUCAAGCAGCACAUCCAAGGCGUGGCCCGCUGCUGUUGCAACAGGAGAAGCGAGGCACUCGAACAUCAUCGACAGGAGGCUCCUGCAAAGCCUGAGGAGGCAGAGGCUGAGCCCUUCACAGACUCCUCUCUGUUUGCACACUGGGGCCAGGAGCUCAGCCCCGAAGGCCGGCGCGUGGCCCUGAAGCAGUUCCAGUACUACGGCUACAACGCCUACCUUAGUGACCGCCUGCCCCUCGACCGGCCCCUGCCUGACCUCAGACCCAGUGGGUGCCGCAACCUCUCCUUCCCUGACAGCCUGCCGGAGGUGAGCAUCGUGUUCAUCUUUGUCAAUGAGGCCCUCUCGGUGCUGCUGCGCUCCAUCCACUCAGCCAUGGAACGCACACCCCCGCACCUGCUCAAGGAGAUCAUCCUGGUGGAUGACAACAGCAGUAAUGAGGAGCUGAAGGAGAAGCUGGCCAAUUACGUGGACAAGGUGAAUGGCCAGAAGCCGGGCUUCAUCAAAAUGGUGCGCCACAGCAAGCAGGAGGGCCUCAUCCGCUCCAGGGUCAGCGGCUGGAGGGCAGCCACGGCGCCCGUGGUGGCGCUCUUCGAUGCCCACGUGGAGUUCAACGUGGGCUGGGCUGAACCUGUACUCACCCGCAUCAAGGAGAACCGGAAGCGGAUCAUCUCGCCAUCCUUUGAUAAUAUCAAAUACGACAACUUUGAGAUUGAAGAGUACCCGCUGGCCGCCCAGGGCUUUGACUGGGAGCUGUGGUGCCGCUACCUAAACCCCCCCAAGGCCUGGUGGAAGCUGGAGAACUCCACAGCCCCCAUCAGGAGCCCUGCCCUCAUCGGCUGCUUCAUUGUGGACCGGCAGUAUUUCCAGGAGAUUGGCCUACUGGACGAAGGCAUGGAGGUCUACGGAGGCGAGAAUGUGGAGCUUGGGAUCAGGGUGUGGCAGUGUGGUGGGAGUGUGGAGGUCCUGCCCUGCUCGCGGAUCGCACACAUUGAGCGAGCCCACAAGCCCUACACAGAGGACCUCACUGCCCAUGUCCGCAGGAACGCACUCAGGGUGGCUGAAGUUUGGAUGGAUGAAUUUAAAAGCCAUGUCUACAUGGCAUGGAACAUACCCCAGGAGGACUCAGGAAUCGACAUUGGGGACAUCACCGCGAGGAAGGCUCUGAGGAAACAGCUGCAGUGCAAGACCUUCCGGUGGUACCUGGUCAGCGUGUACCCAGAGAUGAGGAUGUACUCAGACAUCAUUGCCUACGGGGUGCUACAGAAUUCCCUGAAGACUGAUCUGUGUCUUGAUCAGGGGCCAGAUACAGAGAAUGUUCCCAUCAUGUACAUUUGCCAUGGGAUGACACCUCAGAAUGUGUACUACACAAGCAGUCAGCAGAUCCACGUGGGUGUCCUGAGCCCCACGGUGGAUGAUGAUGACAACCGGUGCCUAGUGGACGUCAACAGCCGGCCUCGGCUCAUCGAGUGCAGUUACGCCAAAGCCAAGAGGAUGAAGCUCCACUGGCAGUUCUCUCAGAGCCUGCACCUGUGGUCCCAGAGGGGCACACUGUCCAGCCUUCUCUUUGUUCUGCCAUCUGUCUACCAUGGAGGCGGUCAGUCACGGUUCUUCCCAGGGGAGGCCCCAGGUGUAGGGUGCAGGGAGAGCGACUGUCUUUAUUCACCCGGACGCUUCAGAAGAGGUUCGUGUGAUCUGGGCCAUCGCUCACAUUAGACGUUGGGAAUGCCACAUUCCCUCCCCAUCCCGGGCACCCACGCCCCACCCCUCUGCCUCCUUCACCUGCUCAUUCCCUGUCCCCCUCCUUCACCUGCUUCUCAAACCCCUCCUGAGGGAGCUGGAGCCUUUGCUUUGAUGUUGUUAAUUGAAGAAUAACACACAUACGUACAGAAACGUGCAAAAUACAGGUUCAGCUCAAGGCAAAGGCCUAGGUAACCAAUAGCCAGGUCAAGAAAUAGCCCAUUGCCAGCACUCCAGAAGCACUGGCCCUUAUCACCUGCCAAUCAUCUUCCCUCUCUCUUCUCCCCAAAGGGACCACCAUCCUGACUUAAAACCAUGUUUUGUUUUGCUUUUUAGGAAGUUUACAGAAGCACAAUUAUGCACGUAUUCUUUUUUAUCUGGCUUCUUUUGCUCAACAUUAUAUUUGUGAGAGUUAUCCUUACCGAGUAUAGCUCUAGUUUGUUUUCAUUACUAUA